GUUGGUCUCAUUAGCCAAAGGAAUCAAAACAAAUGGAGGUGGAAUUUAGCAAAGAGAAUUUCCUGUUGCCGGAAACAAAAUAUGAAUAUUUGGAUCACACGGCGGAUGUGCAACUCCAUGCGUGGGGCAAUAGCCUUCAGGAGGCCUUCGAACAAUGCGGCGUCUCAAUGUUUGGAUAUAUGACCGAAUUGGAUUACGUUUCAGUUGAGCAUUGCUAUGAAAUCGAAGCCAAGGGCGAUGAUUUGGAAGGAUUGCUAUUCCAUUUUCUUGACGAGCUGCUCUUCCUGUUCUCCGCCGAACCUUUUUUGGUGUGCAAAAAACUGGAAAUUACCAAAUUUGAUUUGGAAAACUUUGAGAUCGUUUGCCGUUGCUAUGGCGAACCCUUCGAAUUGGGCAAACAUCCUCAGGGCACCGAGGUGAAGGCCAUCACAUAUUCGGCCAUGCAGAUCGUUCAAAAUGUGGAGGCAAGCAACUAUGAAGUGUUUGUUAUAAUUGAUAUUUGAAUGCCAACGGGCGAUCCCAAGAAGAAGCAGGAAGAGCGGCGGAAAGAGGAGAAAUAAUGAAAGGUAUUGAAUAAAAAAAAAAUUGUUGAUAUAUCCGUUA